GCCCCCAAAUGCCCUGGUACGGCCGAGAGUGGGGAGAGUCCGCUCUCCCUCUCGAAAUGCUCUCACACGGCCACGCGUAUAUAGCCUCUGCCAGGGAAGUCCUACUCACUGCCUUCUCGUGGCGGGGGUGUUGUUUACGAAAAUGAGAGGACGAAAAGCGAAUGUCCGGCGCUUUAACCGGAUUCAAAACCAAUGGUGCACAUGGGCUCCAGUAUCCUAAAGGAACAACUGGCGUAUGAAUCAAUUGGUCACCGGUUACCAUGGGACUGCAUCUCCUUACGAUGCUCCACUGCCUUGUGGAUCAGACCAUUAGGUCAAAGGCUCGGGGAGUGGCCCCUUAAGAAAACCACCUGCUUCGGUCUGGGCACCCGGGCAGUAUCAUAGCCCUCACACAUAUCGAAUGAGAUUUGUGUGGCGCACAUGUAUUUGGUGCCUCUUUGUACUAUUAUCUAUGUGUUGAAAUAAAAGAAAAAAAUAAAAGAAAAAUAAUUAAGAUCCAUUAUAGUUAAAUGUCUCAGCAGUUCGUAUUAUGGGUCUCAUGUUAAAUCUAACCAAAUAAUCAUACUUAAAAUGUACCCAAGCAGCCAGAGUUAGCAUUUAAAUACGACUUCAUAUAUCGGUGAACAGUUUCCGGUAAGCCUAAACACACUAUGUUGAACUUCAAUACUAUUUUCAUAGUGUUCCCAUGGGGCCAGGAACAACAGACGCGAACAUUAAACAAUUUUAGCUAGGGUAAACCAGAUUAUACUAGAUGAGUUCAAAGCAGGUCACCUCAUAAUGUUGUAGGCUAAAUCUUUAACUACAAGACUGAAGUUUGGUUUCACUUCUGUCUCUUUAGUUUUGGUUAUGCAGUGAUUAAUCUUUUUUUAUUUAUUUGAACACAUAAAUAUUGGUACAAGGGGGCACCAUAUAUAUAUGCACCAUACGAGAGGUUAAUCUUAUCGGUAACAUAAAUGCUCAUUAAAUUUUUGAUUAUUUCAAACGCUUCAUAACUUGGCCAUCAUCACUUGAGAAUUUCGUAAAGUGUACUUCACAGUUUGAUGAUAUUAACCUUUAAUUUAUUGGCCAAAAUAACUACUUUAAAAUGGGAACUAGGGCAAAACGGUUAUCUGAGUUAGCUGACAGAACAGCAUCUUCUGCGUCCCCCGUUAUUUUACUGAAGUAAAGUCUAUUUCUUAUAAUCUGACGAAUUAUGAUUGUUCGUCAUACCCAUGUUAGUGGCCUGCUACAUCAAAUUUUAAUGGGAGAUUUUCACUAAAUAUUGCUACUCACAUAUGGUGUAUUCAGUUCACUAGGUUCCCGUGAACUAGGAUUGCAAAAGAUAUAUAAAUACUUUUAUAAAUUCGAACUUAACUUGCUCCUGAUAAGGUGUUUGAAAUGUCAACCAACCUUAGGUCUUUGUUUUUGAAGAUCUGAUGAAGACAAGACAAGCUCACUAGAUAUAAUUGCAACUAACCGUUACAUAGUUGUUAGAACUCUCCGCCACUGAUGAGAGUUCCUAAUAGUUGCUAUUAAUCGGUUACUUGAAAAGUGAACUAAUAAAAUCCACAUAAAAGUUGGUGAAAUGAAACAACUGGAGUCCUAUUUAGGUGCUCAGUUCAUAAUUUUAAGUUUAACAGUUAAGAUAUAAUUAUCUACACAGAAAAUUAGUCGACUAAUAUCAAGAUAGGACAUAUUUGUUAAUGGUUAUCAAAGGACAUAAAUCUUCAAAUAACUUGAUAACAUGAAUUAUAUGUAUGGACAGAGUUAUUCUCAACCGUUCAUAUCUUUGUAGUAUUUUCUACUGCAGUUCAAAGUAAACCGUAUUCACCUGUACUUCUACCUAUUUUCAAAUGUAGACUUCAAAUUUACUCGAUAUUUGAAAGAAGAGGUUGUUCAGUCGAUAAGAAAAAAGCAAUAUGAAGAUGGUACGAGCAAAUGUGGUCCAUUUACCAAUCGUGCGUAUACAUUUGUCACAAUUCCUCGAUAUCUAGAAUCGUUUAUGGUUUAUGGGAUGCUGCAGUGUUUGGAUCACUUACUGGUUAUUUAUACAUUUCUUCCAUUACGUUGUUUUCUCACUGUAUUAAAUUUAAUGCUAAGAAUAUCCAGUGGAAUAUUUCAAUUUUUCACAUAUUUUAAUCAAUACCAUGAUACACCUCCAUCGAAGACUUCACGGUUAACUUUACUGUAUAAUUAUGAAUUACGUGAUCUGAUCAAAUUUUCUUUAUUGUGUAUAUGUACUGUUAUUUUAACAAAAUAUGACAGUUCCAUGGCUUAUCAUGAAAUAAGAACACAAUCGGUGAUAAAAAUUUAUAUUUUUUUCAAUUUACUCGAGGUCGCAGAUCGUUUAUUAUCUGCUGUUUGUCAAGAUGCCUUGGAUGAUUUACUAUUUACUAUCAGUAAACCACGAUCUGAUUCAGUUUUAUCUAAUGAUCUAGAGGAAAAUAGUUUCAUUUUCUGGCGUGAUAUUGUUUUACAGUACUGCUUUGCCUUCUUUUGUCUCAUAGCCCACUGCUUCCUUCUACUAUGUCAAGUUACUACUUUAAAUGUAGCAUUCAAUUCACAAAAUAAAUCACUGAUCACUGUGUUUAUUUCGAACAAUUUUGUUGAAUUAAAAGGUAAUGUAUUUCGUAAAAUGGGAAAAACAAAUUUAUUUCAAAUUGCUUGUGCUGAUGUGCGUGAACGAUUUCACUAUUGUGUUUGGUUUUCAAUUAUUGUAUGCCGUAAUAUGAAUGAAAGUGGAUGGAAUUUAGAUGAUCUUCAAACAAUUCUUAUUGAUGUAACCUAUAUUCUUCUAGCAGAAGUUGCUGUGGAUUGGAUAAAGCAUUCGUUCAUUACCAAAUUUAAUGUGAUCCCUUCAAAUGUCUAUGAGGAGUAUACUGUGAGCAUUGCAUACGACCUAUUAUUAUGCCAUCAGGGGAAGAAUACAUCAGAUUACUCUGACCUUCUCUCACGUCGUAUGGGUCUUACUCCGAUCCCCCUUAGUUGUUUAAUUAAUGCUAUGCUUUUUCAAACAAUAAGAAAUCCAAGCACUCUUUGCCUUACUUUACCGUUUGUUGUGUCUGUACUAUUUGCAGUUAAAGUUGCAACUAACCUUACCCUUAUGUCCAUGGCUUAUUCUCAUGUACGUGAGUACAUAAAUGCAGCAAGUACUGUUCGACAGGAUGAAAAUUGUUCUUUCGACAAUGAUAAAACUGGUGGUGUUUUCACAACUGCAGUAAAAGGGAAUAUGAAACAGUCUCAACAUAUUCUUUCAGAAAAGGAAAUUCGGAUAUCAUCAAGAAAGCCUCCUUUUGGUUUCACAGGUUAUGACCAACCGACUAAAGAUGAAGAUUGCUUUUUGCCGACGGGUCUUAGGUAUCGAAAAUUCAAAAGCGACUCAGGUCCCGUAGAUAUAACAGUUAAUAUGGACAUAAAUCACUCACUAACUCCUGAAGAUACAUCAGAACUCACUGGAAAUAAGCUUAGAGUGUUAAGUCCGAUUUCCACGGGUAGCAUUUGGAAUGAAUUGAUUGAACCAUAUCAAUCAAUUAUGGCCUCUGCAACCGGAACACCGAAGAGUCUAUAUGAACUUAGUGAAUCAGCCCCAUUAACACCUCUUAGUCGAAUAGGGUCAGCAAAUCGGAUAUUCAAUCCUGGGAAUAAUAAGUCAGAAAUCGAGUGCGAACGUGGUUCCCAUGGUUCAUGCGUGUUCCAGACUGAAGAUAAACCUCAGUUUACUGCUUACACAAAUACUCCAAUUGCUACAUUACAUAAUGAGGGACUACAUGUACGCAACAGGUAUGAGAUGACUAGUAUCUUAGAAUUAUAUAGCAAUAAAGACGAAUCAUUUACAACAAUGGUACGACCUCCUAGUGCUUGUGUUUUAUUAAGACCAAGGUAUUACAGUAUCGAUCUAGGUAUUCUGAGUACUUUUUUAAAUUCUAUGGAACGCAGUGUACGUGCUACGGAUGAAACACCAAUUAAAGAUGGAAGCGCUCAGGAAAAUGAAUCAAAGCCUACCUAUACUUUCAAUCCUAUACACAAACGCCGGAUACGUACAAUGACUGAAAGUUCAGGCACUGCCCCUUCACAUCCUCCAAGGGACCCUACAAUACCAAUUCUGUUGGAACGAAGCAGUAGAAAUAGUACGGCCAACCAGUUCGGUUUGGAUCGACUGAAACCAAUAACACCUGGACGAGUAAAGCAGCCAUUGUCUGAUAUUGAUCGUUAUUCAAUGGUAGAAGGACAAAUUAGUUGACUCAACUUGUGUAAUUUAAUGACUGUACAUUUCUUGUAUGUAUAUUUUAAAUAACAAAAUGUUUU